UCCACUCUUGCAGGUUAAACAUGGCCGCGCUCUUCAGAUCUGCUCGGCUGCUGAAACUCUCGCCUUCUCCUUUGCUCCGAGUAAAGACAAGCAGUCAUGGGCCGCCGGUUAGUUGCUUAUACAGCAGAGCAGUCGGCGGGAGAGGAGCUGAAGCUUGUUCGAGUCGAAUGGUUUUGAGAUCUAUGGAAACGAGCAGGUCUGCUGGGUCCUCUUUGGGUCUGCGGUGCUUCAGUGCAGCCGCUGAGAGGAAAGGUGUGGUAAAAGAUGAGCCGAGUAUCGCUUUACGUGCCAAGCAGGCUCAGCAGUUUGACUGGGCUCUCGCUAAACUAGACAGCUCUGUCAGACGGACUGGUAGAGUCACCAAAACAUUGAUUCAGCGCAUCUUUCAUGACAUCUGCCGAACAGGAUACCCCAGUAGCAAUCAGGCCCUGCUGCUGUUGAGGAGCUGUGGCUCACUGCUGCCCGAGAUGCCCCUUGAAGAGCGCAGUCAGCUGGCUCACCGGGUCUGGGAGAAGCUGCAGGAGUUGGGUGCCACUUAUGAUGUAAGCCAUUACAAUGCGCUGCUUAAAGUCUACCUGCAGAAUGAGUUCAAGUUCUCGCCCACUGAUUUUCUUGGCAAGAUGGAAGCAGCCAAUGUGCAGCCCAACAGAGUGACGUAUCAGAGACUGAUUGCAGCGUACUGUCAAAAUGGUGACAUUGAAGGCGCAAGUAAAAUUCUGGGAUUCAUGAAGAACAAAGACUUGCCCAUCACAGAGGCCGUGUUUAACUCUCUGGUAACGGGUCACAGCCGAGCCGGAGACAUGGAGAGUGCAGAAAACAUCCUGUCCGUUAUGAGAGGGGCGGGGAUUGAGCCGGGCCCAGACACGUACCUCGCUUUACUCACGGCUUAUGCUGAAUUGGGAAACAUGACCAAAAUCAAGGAGACUCUGAACACAGCGCAGAGUAAAGAUGCCAAUCUGAUGGACAGAGACCUGAUGCAGCUGGUGUUCAUUCUGGCUAAAGCUGGCCAUCAGCAGUAUGUGCCUGAAAUAGUGGAGUGCAUGCGGCAUGAGAGAGGCUACGUGCCAGAUGCAAUGAACCUGUGUUUGAGUCUGAUCACCCAGGGCUUUGAGGACACAGCGUUUACCGUGCUGAAGACCUUCCCCACUCUACAGACAGAGUUGCAGGACGGUGAAACUCUGAACAUGGGCAACUUCUUCCUCCGUCACUGUGUGAACAUGAAUAAGUCCCCGGAAAAGUUGGUCGCUUUCUGCACACAACUGAAGGAUUCCAACCUGCACUCUUCACCACUGCAGUUCACACUGUAUUGCGCUCUGGAGUCCAAGAACACAGUGUUGGCAGUAGAGGUGAUGAAGAAGAUGAAGGAAGAAGGACUUCCUAUCAGGCCUCACUACUUCUGGCCCCUUUUAACCAAGCAUCAGAAAGACAAAAACACACAAGGUACUCUGGAGGUGCUGAAGGCCAUGCAAGACUUGGAUGUUCAUCUUGAUGUUGACACUUACUCCACCUAUGUACUGCCUACUUUCUCCUCCAUAGACAGCGCCCGUGUUGCUCUGAAGGAUGCUGGCUGUGCACUCGACACUGAUGAAUUCAUUGCAGCAGAAGUGCGAACAGUGGCAGCAAGUGGAAGACUUUCAGAGCUCUACUCGCUGUUGUCUUCACCCUCCUUUCCAGCCGUUUCCCUUAGUUCAUUCAGAGGAAGCCUGAUCAGUGGCUUUAGGGGGUCUAAAGAUGUGGAGAGCAUGGCCAAGAUUACAGAGCUUCUUUAUAACGAUAGCCGCUUUGGUCAGACUGAUGCGGACCGAGCAGAAACCACGGCCUACUUUCUCUUUAACCUUUUCGAUGGAAUGACCGAGACCGAGGUGCAGGCCAAAGAGGAGAUGUUGAGAGAAUACCUUAAUCAGCUCAGCAAUAUGAACAUCAUCAUUCAUGUGAACAUCUACAGAGGAAUCAGGAACAUCCUGAACUCGUACCAUGUGCCAGAACUAAUUAAGGACGUUCUUGUUCUUGUGGACAAUCAAUCAAGAGAAGACGCUAGUCUUGAGUCUAAGGUUCUUGAAGGGAAACUAGCCUUUCAAGAGAGAAGGCUGGAGGAGCUGAAAUUGCAGGGGAAGCCAAUUGGAAAUGUGUUCCGGCAGCUCAUCGCAACCCUGUGUGCUGAGGAGAACCUGGCCCGUGCUCUGGAGCUAAAAACUCAGUAUGAGAAUGAAAUGACUGCCAGUUGCUAUGCCCUGCUUAUCAACCUCUGCUGUCGUCACGACAACCCCGAGGAAGCACUUAACCUGAAGAGAGAGCUAGCCCGUAAGGACUCGGAGGUCACGCUGGAUGCCAACAAAUACAUGAGCUUGGUCAGGGUGCUCUCCAAACAUGGCAGGGUUGAAGAGGCUGCGGACAUCCUGAAAGAGAUGAAGAAAAAGGACGUGAGGAUGUUGGACACCACGACCACCAGGUUGUUCCACAUACUCAAUGCAGCUGCUCUGAAGGGCGACAUCACCACCAUUCGGCGCCUGCAGGACACAGUGUUCACCUUAGGCCUGGUCAAGCCCACCAGCAACCUCUGCUCACCACUGGUUUCAGCUUACCUAGAGAGUGGGGAUGUGAUUGGAGCUCUGGAGGCAAGCAUGGAGUGCCAAAAGCAGUACAACCAAAUGCCCCGGAUUCAUGACAUCAUCUGUCGUCUAGUGGAGAAAGGAGAGACUGAGCCACUACAAAAAGCUAUGGACUUUGUGAGCCAGGAGCGUGGUGAGAUGAUGAUGCUCUACGACCUUUACUUCGCUUUCCUGCAGACAGGCCGCUACAAGGAGGCACGCAAAAUCCUUGAGACCCCUGGUUUAAGGGCAAGAGCAGGUCGACUCCAGUGGUUUGCAGAGAAGUGCAUUGCAUCCCAGCAGAUGGAGCCUCUUGAAAACAUGGUGGAUAUGACUGCAAAGCUGUUUGAAUGUGACCGAGAUGAAAUGUACCACUACAUGCUGCGCCUCUGCAUGGACAUAAAUGACUGGCAAAAGGCAGAAGCUGUCUGGACUAAGAUGCAGGAGGAGAAUGUGAUUCCCCGAGAAAGAACCCUGCGCCUGCUUGCUGAUAUCCUCAAGAGCAACAACCAGGAGGUGCCCUUUGACAUGCCUGAGAUGUGGUAUGAACAACCUGAAUCCGAGGAUCAUUCUGAGGACGUCAAAGAGGAGCGUUUAAAAGUGGAAGAAAGUACCGGUUCCACAGCGUCUUUUUCAAGAGAGACUAGACCCCAUGAUUAUCACCUCACUGUUAUGACUCUCAGCAAAAAAGGGAAAGUUGAAGAGGCCUAUAAGGUGGUGAAGGAGACACACAGGAAGGGUCUGGCUCUGGCAGCUGGUUCAUAUGACAUCCUCAUCAAGGCCCUGCUGGCCAGAGGAAACCUUAAUGAUGCCAUGGAAGUAAAAGACAUUGCUUCCAAACAUAUUGCAGGAUUCAAGCUGAGUGAAAUGGCCAACAACCUCCAUAUAGUGACACUAGUAAAGCAAGGAGAUGUUAAAGGAGCCUUGGUUAGUCUUAAGGACAUGCUGCAGUCUGACCAGGUCCCUUCCCAACUUGCUUUUACCCGAUUGGUCCAGGGACUGGGUAACCACGGAGACAUAGAGGCCAUCCAGGAAGUGGAGAGCAUGGUUAAGAAUUUGGGAACCUCCGUCAACCUGUCCUACAUGCUGUUUGUGAACAACAAGGCUUUGGCUCAUAUCAAAAAUGGGGACAUUGGCAGUGCAGUGGAAGGACUCGAGGCUUUGUACAUCCAGAACUCAGAAGCUCCGCAAAAAAGCAUCGCCUUUGUCUUCCGUAAAGUUCUCGAUGCCAACAACGGUGCUGCACUUGAUAAACUGAGUGCCAUGGUGGAGCGGCUGUGUAAUCACUUUGCCACCUACAGACCUGCCACAGACCUCUUCCUGCAGUACAUAGACGCGGGCAGGAUAGAGGACGCCAGGUUCCUGCUGCAGCGAUGUGCAGCAGUGGCUGAGCAGAAGGAUAUCAUGGUGGCAUACAUGACCAAAAUUUCUCAGAAUCCAGGGCAGAUUGCCAAGAUAAAGAAUCUGUUCGAGCUCAUCCCAGACUUCGAGAAGGAGAACAUCUACACCUUCAUGUUGAAGUGCUAUAGUAUGGAUAAAGACCUGACCUCAGCCAAGGCUCUUUAUCAGCAGAUACAGGAUGAAGGGCUGCAGAUCAACGAGUUGUCUCUGAAGAGACUGGCGCUGCUGUACAAGAAUGCCGGAGAGGCCGUGCCCUUCGAAGAACCUCCAGAGACAUUCAAGUUCUACGCAGACAAACUGAAAGCCUUGCACACCCAGAGUCCUCCAGAUAACUAGAGUCCCUUCUCUUUUUUUUUUUUUUUUUUUUUUUUUUUUUUAAAUACGUAUGCCUAGAUCCUCUAAUGCUGUGAUGUCAGUGAUGCUUGGUAAACUGUUGCUUAUUACAACUGCAUUGAAAAUUAAUGUGAUGUACAGAAGUAUUUAUGUUAAUAAAUGUGUUACACAUCUUUA